AUGUCUCUUGCUGGGGGUCCAAUCCCUACUUAUCGCGUCGACAUCGCCCUCCCACCAGAAGAGCGCUAUGUCGAAAUCGCCCGCGAUUUUGCGCCGCGAAUGCGCGACAUGACGACGGUCUUCAACGACCUGCUGGACUCCAUUUUCAGGUAUCCCAUCGUCUGCUGGCUCGUCAAGACAUGCGCCAAGUUGUUCCUCUGCAGACUCCAUGAUGACGAGCAAGACCGCGAAGUCAAAAGCGUCGCCAAGCUAGUUGGCAUGGAAAAUUACCUCCUCAUCGCUCUGAAUAUCCUUCUCGACGUGAUGAUGGGUUGCACGGCAGGCUGCAUCUUGACAGAGCCCAACAGCCAGCGGCCGACGGAGGCCACCAGUUGUUUAAUGCAUUUCCGGACGUUAGAUUGGGCGAUGGAUCCUCUCAGGCAUCUACUCAUUGUUGUGGAGUUUGUAGACUCCAGGGACGACCCCCAUCGAGUUAUUGCCACGUCGAUUACUUAUGCUGGCUUUCUGGGUACUUUGACAGCCACGAGACCUGGGUUGUCCGUUUCACUCAACUACCGGCCAUCAAAUGAGCAUUCAUGUUCGAGCAUAGCCGUCCGGAAACACCAGUUGCUGGUUUUGUUCGGCUUCCGCCCAUCUGUGGCCUCUGUCCUCCGCUCCGUGAUCCUCAGAGAGGGAGGUUGGGCGCUUCACGAAACAUCGGCAAGCGACAGUGCCUCGUCGCCAAUAAUAACUCUGGCAACGCAACUGACCAAGCAGCCCACUUCGCCAUGUUAUCUCACGCUCAGUGACGGCGUAAACGCUGCAGUGAUCGAGAAGGAUGUGUAUGGGGGCAAGUUGAAGACUUCUGAUCGUUUCAUCGUGCAAACAAAUCACGACACUCACAAGUCUGGCUGCUGUUCGGGAAGGCGAAUCAUGCCGUCUCAUCCAGACGACGCUCGAGCUUCGCUUCUAGGUGCAGAGCCUUGGCUGAAAGAUUCAAAUCUGCGCAUGACUAUGCUCCAUGAAAAGUGGCUGCUCCACGCCGCCGGCGCAGAAACUGUUUCGCCUGUAGGGAUCGAGAAGAAGGAUGAAAACGGCCUGUGUUUCGGUCAAAGGGCUGAUGUCUCAAGUGUAAGGCCAAGGGUGGGGGUCAAGGAGCAUUUGUUGCAAGAGUGGAUGAUGGAGUUUCCAAUCAUCAACGAGUGUUCUCAUUAUGGCUGCAUCAUGGACCCUCGGAUGGGUGACAUAAGGUGGCUGGUCCGGGGAAUGAUCGAGUAUGACCCUAAAAAUCCGCGGUUUUAG